AAGAGAGAAAAAAAAAAAAAUCUUUCCAUUGAAUAAUAAUUUCUUCCAAUUGGCAAAAUUACCAUGCAACCCAAUUUGGGCUUCGCCAUGUCCCUCUUCUUCCUCCUCUCCCUCUCUCUCUGGACUUUCUUUUUCCUCUGUAUCUGCAUCUACAAAUCGUACUGCUCCUCCGUCAACCGUUUUUCCCCUCCUUCGUACCCAUUCAUAGGCUGCCUCAUCUCGUUCUUCAAAAACCGCCGCCGGCUCUUGGCCUGGUACACCGACCUCCUCUCCAGCUCCCCCACUCGGACCAUUGUGGUCCACCGGCUCGGUUCUCGGCGGACCGUUGUGACCGCGAACCCGGCCAACGUGGAGUACAUGCUGAAGACCAACUUCCUGAACUUCCCGAAGGGGCAGCCCUUCACCGACAUACUCGGCGAUCUACUCGGGUGCGGCAUUUUCAAUGUCGACGGCGAGUUGUGGUCCACCCAGCGGAAGCUGGCUAGCCACGAAUUCUCCGCUAAGUCCCUUAGGGAAUUUGUGGUUAAAGCGCUUGAAGAAGAAGUCCACUUCCGUUUGAUCCCUUUGCUUGAGAAUGCUGCCCGGACUAACGCCGUCUUGGAUUUGCAAGAUGUUUUGGGAAGACUCGCUUUUGACACCGUCUGUAAGGUGACACUGGGAAGUGACGAGCAAUGCUUGGACAUGUCGCGGGCAGUUCCAGGUCACGUGAAGGCCUUCGACACGGCGACGGAGGUGAGCGCCAAGCGGGCAGUGGCGCCGAUUUUCCUGGCGUGGAAGGCCAAGCGGAUCCUCAACGUCGGCUCCGAAAAGAAGCUCAAAGAAGCGGUUCACACGGUUCACACCUGGGUCUCCGACAUCAUCCGCAACAAAAAGCUGACCAGUAAUAAUAAUAAUAAUAAUACCCUCGAAAACGACAAAUCUGGGGAUUUGUUGUCUCGCCUCUUAUCCGCGGGCCUUGGCGACGAAGAGGUCAGAGACAUGGUGGUGAGCUUCAUAAUGGCGGGCCGCGACACCACCUCCGCCGCAAUGACGUGGCUAUUCUGGUUGCUCACCAAACACCGACACGUGGAGCAGACCAUCGUGAAGGAAGUGAGUUCGUUGUCUAAAACGACGUCGCUUGGUUAUGACUACGAAGACUUGAAGGAGAUGAAGUUUCUGAAGGCGUGCCUCUGCGAGUCCAUGCGGCUGUACCCGCCGGUGGCGUGGGACUCGAAGCACGCGGCGGCGCAGGACAUUCUCCCGGACGGAACUCCGGUGAGGAAGGGGGACAGAGUCACGUACUUCCCGUACGGAAUGGGGCGGAUGGAGGAGCUGUGGGGGAAGGACCGGCUCGAGUUCAAACCGGAGCGGUGGUUCGAGAAGGGAGAGUUGAAAGCGGUGAACCCGUUCAAGUUCCCGGUUUUUCAAGCCGGUCCGAGGAUGUGCUUGGGAAAGGAAAUGGCGUUCAUUCAGAUGAAGUACGUGGUGGCCACGGUUUUGAAGCGGUUUGAAUUGGUACCGGUUAGUGGAAACGUGCCGGUUUUUGUCCCUUUGUUGACAGCUCAUAUGGCUGGUGGAUUACAGGUUUAUGUUACAGAAAGGACAGCACAAAAGUCAAGCAUUUGGUGAAUCGCAAACACAACAUUAAAAUUAAUGUAUAAAUAGUACCACCAGAUCAAAUUAUAUGUAUGUUCAGGUCGGUUCGGUUCCAUUCCAUUAUUUUUCCAGUUUAACGGCAAAAGUAUUUCUUCUUCUACGAUUCGGUCAACAAAGCGUGAUAUUGAUGGAAUUUGAUGAACUCAAAAAAAAAAAAAAAACACAUUAA